GAUGGCGGCGGCGCCUCCAGAAGAGGUUAGCCUGGAGUCUCGAAUCAACAAGGCCACCAACCCUCUGAACAAGGAGAGUGACUGGGACAAUAUCAAGGGGUUUUGUGAUCAGCUCAACAAUGAACCAGAAGGUCCUCAGCUUGCAACCAGACUUCUGGCCCACAAAAUCCAGUCUCCUCAGGAGUGGGAGGCUUUGCAAGCGCUUAUGGUCCUUGAAACGUGCAUGAAGAGCUGUGGGAAGCGAUUCCACGUUGAAGUGGGAAAGUUUCGUUUUCUCAAUGAGCUCAUCAAGGUAGUUUCACCCAAGUAUUUAGGUGCCCGGGCUCCGGAUCCAGUGAAGAAGAAAGUGUUAGAGAUGGUGUACAGCUGGACGGUGAAGCUGCCAGAGGAGAUCAAGAUAGCAGACGCGUAUCAGAUGCUGAAAAAGCAGGGUAUUGUCAAACAGGAUCCUGUGCUUCCUGAUGACGAGCCCCUCCCACCCCCUCCACCUAGAGCUAAAAGUGCAGUUUUUGAGGAUGAAGAGAAAUCCAAGACGCUGUCUCGCUUAUUGAACAGCACUCACCCAGAAGAUCUAAGAGCAGCAAACAAGCUCAUUAAGGAAAUGGUUCAGGAAGAUCAAAAGCGGGUGGAAAAGGUAUCGAAGCGGGUGAACGCCAUCCAGGAGGUGAAGGAGAGCGUCAGCCUGCUGAGCCAGCUGCUGGAGGGCUACAGUAAGGAGAGCUGCUCCCAGAGCAACCAGGAACUCAUUAAGGAUCUGUACCUGCGCUGUGAAAAGAUGAGGCCCACCCUUUUCCGAUUGGCCAGCGACACGGAGGAUAACGACGAAGCUCUGGCGGAUAUAUUACAGGCCAAUGACAGCUUGACACAGGUCAUCAAUCUGUACAGACAGCUGGUGAAGGGGGAGGAGAUAACAAAAGAUGGCACAUCAAUGCCCUCACAACCAGGCAACAGUAGCUCAGCACUCUUGGAUCUGAUGGGGCUGAAUGCAUCAGCCAACCCCUCCAACCUACAGACCCUUACUCAGAAUGUUGGUAUCAGCCUCUUGGAUGAUGAACUCAUGUCUCUGGGAUUGAAUGUAGCGGAGAACUACGACUCCCAGAACUCUCUUCAGUCUGCUGAUAGCACAGAAUCUUCUGCUCCAUCGGCAUCGACUGCAGUGUUGCUACCAGCCGUGGUCCAGACACAGCAUGCUCCGCCAGCAGGGGGCUCCACUGCUCCUCCUAAAGCCAUGGAAGAGCUGGAUCUGCUGGGGAAGACAUUAAUGCAGCAGUCCCUACCUCCAGAGAGCCAGCAGGUCAAAUGGGAUAAGGUCCAGCCUCACUCCAGAGUCACUUUACGAGAUCUCCAGACCAUGUCCCACACCAGUCCUAGAUCCGCUCCCCCUGCAAACACCACCUCCUCUGCUCCAGGUCCAGGGCCCACGUCCGGCCUGUCCGUCCAAUCAGAGCAGCCCGACGCUCUCCUCCUUUCUAACCUCAGUCUCACAGCUGCUGGCGACCUCUAUGACAGCAUCUCUCUAAGUGACGUUACUGUGCCUCUGGAGUCAAUCAAACCAAGCAGCCUGUUGCCAGUGACCGUAUUCGAUAAACACAGUCUCCGGGUUUUGUUCACCUUUGCCCGUGACUGUCCUCCGUCCCGGCCGGACGUGCUGGUGGUGAUCAUCUCCAUGCUGUCAUCCGCCCCCAGUCUCGUCACCAACAUCCGCUUUCAGGCUGCUGUGCCCAAGGUGAUGAAAGUGAAGCUGCAGCCUCCCUCUAGUACUGAGCUCCCAGCCUUCAACCCCAUCCUGCCUCCAGCUGCCAUCACACAGAUCCUGCUGCUGGCCAACCCACACAAGGAAAAAGUACGUUUGCGGUUCAAGCUGACGUUCAACCUGGGGGACAAAUCUCAUGACGAAUCUGGUGAUGUGGACCAGUUUCCCCCUCCCAACACCUGGGGGAACCUUUAGUGUGAGAGAGAGAGAGAGAUAAAGCACCCACCUGUCAUGUGACCUGCUGCUUCCUUUUAGAUUUAGGAUGAAGUUGUCCCUCAUCACUGGCAGAGGCCACAUGGUCUCAAACGCUCGGUAAGACCAACUGAGAAGAGACCAGUUGUGGGAACCCGCUUCUAUAUUGUGCCUUCCUUCACAGCCUUCCUGUCCUUUACGCCACCAUCUUCAUGCUCCUGUGUUUUGUUGCCACUUUCUCUUCUUCUAUCAAUCAGCGCAGAGACACAUGAUAAAUACAGCAAACUGUCAGAAACAUUGACUCAAUGCAGAUGUGGAGCCUUCCAAAAACAAAACAAAAAAAAACUGAAUGUGUGCAUCUGUCUGAUUCCCAAACUGCAAGUCCCAUGUCAUGUGAAUUACAUGCAACAGCUGGAAUCUGACAAUUAAGAUUACUUUUGUUUUUUUUUACACAACCAGACACUCAAUCUGAAGCAGGUGUGUGAUGCAAACCUAACUUUGGCUUCAAUAUUAUUAUUCAUAUUUCAGAGUAUUGUCACCACCUGUGUGUCCAGUGAUGUUUUCAGUGUUAAGUCAUUGUUUGUUUUACAUCCAUCAAUGCUGUUUCACAGCCAAACUCACAAACUACUGAAAGUGAUUUUCAAGAAGGCUAACAACUCUACCAAAAGUACCCCCCUACACACCAAUACAUUAUAACCUAGAUAUUAUAAUAGUGACCUGAUGGUACCUGAUCAGAACUGAAAUUAUUUCAAUUUAAGAAUGAUGAAUUUUCUUAUAGUUUCAGCACAACUUCAGUGUUUUCAAGAAGAGCUGCAACAGAAAAUAGUAUUAUGCUCACCUUAUUAAAAUCUCUUUUCUAAAUUGAUGAGCAGUGAGAAUUACAUGUGGAUGCUCGAAAGACACUCAUUACAGUUCAUACCUCCGCCCAGUCCCAAAAAAUCCCUUUUUAUAAAACUACAUUUAAAUUCACUCGAUUUUUAUUUCAAUCAACACCACAUCAAACACACAGAGACAUGGCUCCCCUGAACAUGCCUGAUUUCUGGCAUCAAUAUCCAUUAAUUAUUCUUUUUAUGUCCAAACUCCCCUCCAAGUUUCGUAGAAAUCUGUUGAGUAGUUUUUGCCUAAUCUUGCUAACACCCAAACCAACCAACCUGAGGGCAGGGUUAAUAAUUACUAACUCCCACAUUUCGAAUCAUUAUAGCUGGUUUACUUUGGUUUCAAUGAAGACAAUUCAGAGUUUGAGAAAUUCAUCUGAUAUGCUGUAAUAACUGUUGAAGGACCAGGAGAACCAUAUUAUCCAUGGAGCACAGAUAAUGAAUUGGCACUCCGUUUUUUUAAGUGUUGUCUUGGUUUUAAUGCACUGUCGUUUAUUUGAAAAAUGUUACGGCUGGGUUGUGUGUCUGAGCUGUGGCUGUCUUUUUACCAUGUCUCCAUGUCCCGGUAAGCAGUGACAGUGGUGCAGAGAGUCACAUGCACAUGCACAGCACCAGGAAAAAACUGCAGCAGCUUAAUGGAAUUUCAACGUUUUCCAUAUAUGAUUUACACCUGAGCGAUUGUUUUCUGUGUAAAAGGCCCAUGAAGGAAGAGCACGGAAUCUCUGCCCCUUUAAAAAAAAAAAAAGUACCUUUUUUUUUUUUCUGCACUUUUCUUUGUGAUCAGUAGAUUGGGACGCUGUUUAACAUUAUGUUCAACUCAGGAGUUUGAUCUGGAGAUUCCCGUCCUCAACAUGCACUUGUUUUUGUUUAAAUGUUGCACAUCAAAUCAUUCCAUUUGGCAGGAUCUUUUUUAUUUCUUUUUUUUUCAUUUGCUGCCUCUCUACUGUUGAAUGACCCAAAGAGGGAUAUGGGAAGUCAUGAGCUGAUGUCAUGUGACAUCCAGUUUGAUUCUACCACAUGUGCCUGAGAUGGAACUUUAGAUUUUGUUUAUUUCAUUUUGUAUUUACUCUGUACAUAGAUGUAAACAAAUGACAGGUUGGAUCUUU